AUGCAAAUAUCAUCUCUUCCAAUCGACUCAUCCAUAACAGCUGACCUCUCUACCAUCGAUCAUCAUAACUAUCUUAACCAAAAAAUUAAAUCCUGGUGGGAGAAGACUCGAGACCAAUAUGAUCUUGAAAACCAUGUACUUGCUGAACCUGAUGAUUAUCAGAUUAUUAUUAAUGACAAGUCAGCAAUUAUAACAUGUUGUUGCAAUAAAAAAAUUUAUAUUUCAAUGCCGAACGAACGAAAACAUUAUCAACUUAGCAACUUCUACAAGCAUCUAACUCAAAAUGGUCAAUGUACAGCUAUCGAACGAAAGCGUACCAGAACAGAAUCUGAUAUUGAUGAUGAUUCGAUUGCCUCGUUUUCCUCAUCACGUUCUUCUAAUCUAUCAAAUCGAUUUCAUGCAAAGACAACGAUUAAAGAUAGUCAACAGUUGACAAAAUCAGUUAAUAAUUCAUCCCAUUCGAUUUCAAAACACAAGCGGCAUCGAACAUCAUAG